CGGCAACUGUCGUUAUUCGUUAGUUUGGGGCGAGUGAACCUGUGCCAUGCAUUGAUGUUAGACAAUAUUGUUUAAUUUGGCAUGAUAUUUUGUGUAAAGUGGAAUCUGUCGAAGAUUUUGCGUAUUUAUUGAACAGAAGUGUUGAUGCAAUCGAUUUUCAAUAGUGCAUUUCUUCGUUUCGUGUCAUCAAUGAAGAGAUUGUAGUUGCAGGUAUGCGAUUAUUCGAAAAGCAAAGGAGGUAGCAUAACUUCUCAUUAGAAUAAGUGAUAGCUCAACGAGGAGUAUCUGGUGAACUCACACGCGAUAAUUUCUAAGAAAUGCCGGCUUCGAUUCUGGAACCCGUUAACGCAGCCCUUCGAACCGCUCUUUCCAAAAAAGAAUCGGCUGAAAAUGUAUUGGACACGCAAUUAGCGGGAAGCACGAAAAAGGCAUUACUGGCCAACAUCGAAUUCGAGAGCGGCGGAAGCUACCAGAGCACCGUUCUAGACAAACUGAAAUCAAAAUACAUAGUAUUGAAAAGUUCUGAGACACAGUCUGCCAGGUACGUACUCAUUCAAUCUCAAACUUCGCCCCACAACACUCUUUCUUCAAUCCACAGUAAACCAGAAGAAGGUAUGGGUGCUGACGAAUCCCUCAAGUUGUCCAAGCGGGAACUGUAUCCUUUAGAUGCCGUCCAGCUCGGGUGGAAUAACUGUGACUGGUCUGUUGGCGCAGGGAUGGUUAAUAUGGGGAACACAUGCUACCUCAAUUCUACGUUACAAGCUCUCUUUCAUGUGCCGGCCUUGGCUAAUUGGCUCAUGUCCGAUAAGGAACACUUAGCGCAGUGUCAGGAUUCAGGUGGCUUGUGCAUAAUAUGUGCCAUGCGGAAAACUCUAAUAGACGCCCAACAACGUAGCUCAAAUACAAUCCGUCCAGUUUUAAUUUAUAACAGACUUCGACUGGUGUGUCGAAACAUGAUCCCCGGCAGGCAAGAGGAUGCCCACGAGUUCCUCCGGCACUUGGUGGAAGCUAUGGAGAAGGCGUACCUCAGCCGUUUCAAAGAUUCCUCCCAGUUUGAUUCAAAAAUCAAAGAAACGACGCCUCUCAAUCAAAUACUGGGAGGGUAUCUGAGAUCAGCCGUGCGGUGUUUGAAAUGCGGCCAUGUCAGCACUACGUUCCAGCAUUUUCAGGACUUGCUACUGGAUAUUCGGAAAGCGCAUACUCUGGACGAAGCACUGGAGUUGUACUUCGCUAGAGAAAAACUGGAUGACGAGACCUAUCACUGCGAAUCAUGUCAGAAGAAAGUACAAGCUACAAAACAAUUUUCUUUGGAAAGGGCCCCCAUGGUGCUGUGCAUCCAGCUGAAGAGAUUCUCAAUCAGCAACAAUAAGAUAGCCAAACCUAUAAUGUUCAGAGAGAGAUUAGAUCUGACGAGGUACUCGAGGCAGCGCCCUAACGUACCUCUCAUCUAUAGACUGGUUUCCAUCGUGACCCACAUGGGCCCCACUGUUAGUUGUGGACACUAUACUGCAGUCGCUCAGGCACCUUCUGGUAAUUUCUACCAGUUUGAUGACAGUAUGGUGAGCAUCAUUUCUAUAACAAUACCGUCUUCAAACGAACUCUUUUCGAUAUAUACGAUUCAAACAUAUUUGACAAUUGAUAUUUCAAUCCGGCAGGUAGAGUCAAGGGUGUCAACGAAAGCGGCUGUCGGUGAGUGGCAAGUGACUUCUUCGACGGACGUCGGACAAGAACUGACAUCUGACGCCAGGAGUUGGGACGGCGCCGCGAAAAAUGAACCCGCGGGGACGGCGCAGCAGCAACAGCAGAACGGCAAGAGCGCUGUUGUGAACGAUCUGUUCAAGAUGUCCCACGGCGGGUACUCGGCCCCCGUGUCAUCCUGGAACGGCACCCGUUCGCAGCUCGACAAGGAGGUGCAUACUGAGCGGCGCGAAGAAAGGAAGCGGGCUCUGGCCGACAGCUCGGACCAGGGUAGGACGAAGCACCAGAAGACUGGCGGCGCAGGCUAUAAGUCGAAUCCUGGAUAUAACCCUGUGCAGGAGUACCACAAUGCUAAGAACUGGGGCCACAACAACAACGGCUCCGGGAACUACAAGUCCUUCUACAACGGCAAUGGCCGACAUCGGCGCCUCUUUCACCACAAGGGCUACCACAAAAACUUUCGCUAUCGACAGUGAUGGGUUGACUUGAAUAUUUUUAGCAAAGUGUAAUUGUAAAUUUGUGCAUAUGUUUUCGGCGUGUAUUAUGACAUUUGCAUCAUCGAAUAGAUGGUUUGAUUGAUUCCGUGAUUUUAAGAUUGUACUUGAAUGUUACUAUUUUAUAAGCCUAGCUUUAGCUUGAUUUUGUAUAUUAGGAAAAGGUAUUUAUUUUUUGUUUUCUCUCCUUGAUAUGCAUUUACCAACCUACCGUCUGUCCUUUCUGUAAUAUAUUUUUAAAGGUUG